AUGCUUCUUGUUUUUCUUUUUGCGGUGGGCGUGAUUGCGUCUCCUGUCCUGCCCUGUAAGCUUCUCGAUGCGCGAGUUCGGCGAGAAUGGAGCUCUUUGACACAACUCGAACGACGGGACUACAUCGACGCGCUGUUCUGUCUACGGUCCCUCCCUUCGGUCCUCCCGAAUGAGGAAUACCCCGGAGUCCAGGAUCGCUUCGACGACUUUGUCGCAACACACAUCAACUACACCUCGCACAUCCACAACAACGGCGUCUUCCUCUCCUGGCACCGUCACUACCUGCACCUCUUCGAGACCGCCCUCCGCACCGAAUGCGCCUUCAAUGGCUCCAUCCCCUACUGGAACUGGCCCCUACACCCUAACCUCACCGUCUCCCCCCUCUUCGACAACUCCCCCUCCUCCCUCUCGGGCGACGGCAUUUACAACCCAGACGAGCUCAUCCUCUGCGACGAGCAGGUGGGCUGUGUCGGCCGGGGAAGCGGCGGCGGCUGCGUAACAGCCGGGCCCUUUACCUUCCCCGCCUGGCCCGCAAACAUGGGCCCGCUGAACUUCCACGACCUCGACGAGCUGUACCGCCCGCUCGAUCCGUCGGCCUUCAGAUACAACCCGCGCUGUCUCAUGCGCAGCUUUAACGCUCGUCCGCUGCACCGGUUCGCCGGCGCCGACGCCGUGCAGCAGAUCCUCGCUGCGCAAACCAUCCAGGAGUUUCUAGCGGUGCUGGAUCCGAGCACUGCGGGCCGGUUGGGCGCGCAUGCCGCGGUUCAUGUUGCGCUUGGCCCGACGAUGGGGGAUGUGUUUUCGUCCGUGCAGGAUCCGGCGUUCUUUCUGCAUCAUGCGAUGGUGGAUCGGCUGUGGGGGAUGUGGCAGGAUGCGGGUCCGGAGCGACGGUAUGCGCUGAAUGGGACGGCGUGGAUGUUUGAUCCGCCGUGGGCGACGGACGUGACUGUCGAUACGGUCGUGGAGUUUGGAGUGCUCGGUGGGCCGAGAAAAAUUGCAGAUUUGAUGGAUCCAUUGGGGGGAGAGUAUUGCUACAUCUACUCGUGA